AUGAGAAUCAUCGUGUCGUUCGGCCGCAGCUGCGGCAGACGCGUCUUCUCCGGCGGCGCGUCGUUCCAGUCCGUUCGAGCCUACACCUUGUCUCGCGGGGCGUCCUCGUCGUCGACACCAGCCUCCAAGUACAGAUUCAAGGAUUCUCGUCAGAGGACGCAUCCAUAUUUGCUCGCCGCCGCGGCGCUGACUCCUGCCGUCUUCGUAGAGCUGAGUCAAGAUGACAAUAAAGAGGGCGAAACGGGCGAGCAGCACAUGCUUGCGGCGUCGCGAGAAGAAAUUAGCAAAAAAGUCCCGGAGAAUGCGCAUGGCCUCUCAAGAGUAUAUCGAACCAUUGUCUACGUUCUCGAUCAGUAUAUACACGAACCUGUGGCCACUGGGUUGCGAUUCCUGCAUUUGGUUUUUAUCUUUGUUCCCGUCAUCGCCACGAUUCCGAUGGUAUGGAUUGGCGCGAGGAGAAAAGACAGGGACAACGAGAGAAGCGGAACUAUUUGGUGGUAUGGCUUCCUCGUCAACUCGAUGGAGCGAGCAGGACCUGCCUUCAUCAAGCUGGGCCAGUGGGCUGCCUCCCGGACCGACAUCUUUCCAUCACAGAUGUGUACCGUUAUGUCGGAGCUACACUCCAAUGCCCCGGCACACUCUCUGGCCUACACCAAGAGAACCAUCUCGACAGCUUUUGGCGGUCGUCGCUUUGAAGACAUCUUCGACGAAUUUCAUGAGAAGCCACUCGGCGUUGGUGCAAUAGCACAAGUCUACAAGGCAAGGUUAAAGCCGGAUAUCGCCAAACCAGAUGAUAGCGACCUGGACCACAGCUCCUCCAAGACCCUCAUAAGUAGAGUGCGCCGCAAUGUGGAUGCGAUCGCAAAGUCCUCGCCUCAGCGCGUGCCCUCGUCCUACGUCGCGAUAAAGGUCCUUCAUCCCAAGGUGGAGCGAAUCGUGAGGCGGGAUUUGAAGAUCAUGGGCCUUUUUGCCGCCAUCAUCAAUGCUGUUCCCACUCUAGAAUGGCUGGAUCUGCCCAACGAAGUCGAGAAUUUUGGUGAGAUGAUGCGUCUGCAGCUCGACCUACGCAUAGAGUCAGCCAACCUCACCAUUUUUCGGAAACACUUUCAGAAGCGGACCACGGCUUGGUUUCCACACCCGUACUCUGAUUACACCACUCGACAGGUUCUAGUUGAAGAGUUUGCCCAGGGUAUUCCCAUGUCCGCCUUCCUCGAGUCAGGUGGUGGAGUCUUCCAGAAGGAAAUUGCAGACGAAGGUCUGGACGCCUUUCUUCACAUGCUUCUCAUCGACAACUUCGUACAUGCCGAUCUUCACCCUGGGAAUAUCAUGGUCCGCUUCUACAAGCCAAAACAGCCUGAUGUCCAUCUGCCCUAUAGCUCCCGGCAGGACCCGACCCAACCGUCCUCUCCUGAUGAGAUCGAUGAAACUGAGGCUGUUCUCGCCCGCCUCCGCCCUCAUAUGGGUAAUAAACCUGAGUGGCAUCGAGCCCUUGCUAAGAUUGAUUCGGAGGGCUAUCGUCCACAGUUGAUCUUCAUCGACACCGGUCUCGUCACUGAGCUAAACAGCGAGAACCGCAGCAAUUUUCUCGACUUGUUCCGUGCCGUGGCCGAGUUUGACGGCUACAAAGCAGGACAUCUCAUGAUCGAAAGAUGCCGCUCACCAGAAGCUGUCGUAAAUGGAGAGGUCUUUGCGCUGCGCAUGCAGCAUCUCGUGCUGGGCGUCAAGGGUCGAACUUUCGCACUGGGCAACAUCAAGAUCGGCGAUGUGCUCUCCGAAGUUCUCUCAAUGGUUCGAUCCCACCACGUCCGCAUGGAAGGUGACUUCGUCAACGUGGUCAUUUCAAUCCUUCUCUUAGAAGGUAUAGGUCGUAGUCUCGACCCGAAUCUAGACCUUUUCAAGAGCGCCUUGCCCAUCCUGCGACAGAUUGGCAGCACGGAUCCGAAGGCUGUGUUCAAGACGUUUAAGGAGGGUGACUUUUCGCUUCUGAAGAUCUGGGUCGGGCUUGAAGCACGACGAUUCCUGCAGGCUAGCGCCGAGAGCGUCGAGCUCUGUGUCAAGAGCGAUUUGCUGAGUCCCAAUGUGUAG